ACGCUCAAAACAAGCUUAUCCUAGUAUCCUGGUACUAUCCUGGAGCUACGUUCCACAAGGUCCUGAUGUAAGUCCGUACUACUCUUCGUUCUUCAUUUGCUAUAUAAGAGCCAACAUGCAAUCUUGUCCAACAAUGCUUUCUCCUCAUUUCCUCUCCCUCCUCCUCAUUCCUCUUUUCUGCUUCUGCUCUCAAUUCAUCCUAUAGCCCUAAAAAAAAAAAAAAAAGAAGAAGAAAAAAAAAGGCCACAGAUUACACAGCUGAAAAGGAAGGAAAAAGAAAGACAGACAAACACAAUGGCGUUCAAGUCCAUCAUUCUGGCUCUGGCUGCUUCGCAAGCCGUCAACGCGCACUUCAAACUCGCGUACCCCGAAUGGCGAGCUGAUACCCUCGCCGCCGAAAACGACGACAAGUACAGCCAAUGGAACUAUCCAUGCGGUGGUGUUCCCUACAAAGCCGGCAACAUCACAGACUGGCCCAUCGGCGGAGGCUCCCUCUCCCUUGAGCUCCACCACCCCUGGACCUAUGUCUACAUCAACCUCGGCCUCGGCGCCAACACCACAAACUUCAACGUCUCCCUCACGCCAGAGUUCCUCAACGUCACCGGCCGCGGCACGUUCUGCGUCAAGGAGCUUCCCGUACCGGUGGACGAUAUCAAGGACGGCACUCUCGCGUCAUUACAAGUCGUUACCAGCGGGGAGUCUGGAAACGCGCUCUAUAACUGUGCCGAUAUUCGAUUCACAAAGAAUGCUACGCAGCUGAAGAACUGCACCGACUCGGAUGGCAUGGUUGUGCAGGCUAUCAAGGAGCAAAAUGGGAAUGGCACUGAUUCUGCUCAGAACAGUUCUAGUGGUGGCAAUAGCACCGGUACAGAUGAUAAGAAGAAUGCUGCAAGCCCACUGAAUACCGAUAAAUCGGUUGUUUUGGCAACGGUAGUUUUCCUAGCUGUUGGAUUUUCUUUGGGACUGGGCAUCUAAUCUAGAGUGGUUCGCCGAGAGCGAAUAUGGGAGACACGAAUUUCAUAAUGAAAAAGCAAGGCUAUGGCUCAUGAAUUGAAAUAUAAUGAUAUUAAUGCAAGUAGCGAGAUGAUCUAACUCCUGAUGCGUAUGCCGUCUCUUAAUGCUGCCAUGCGAAGGUCAAAUAUAAUAGUACAAGAAUGUAAAAGUUUAUAUGUACAUGUGGUAUCGCCAGCUUUCUGGUAUCAUGAUUUAAACGUCUUGAAAGAAGAAAAAAAAAAAAAAAGAAAAGAAAAGAAAAGAAAUCACGAAAAGCAUGCAGGUAGG